AUGGGGAGUUUUCAAGGCGGCGAAUUUUCUAGAGGCGAGUUGACUGUCAACGCACCACACAACGUAAGCAUGAUCGUAUUCGAUCAUGCUUACGUUGUUGUGAUUAAUUUAUUUAUAUACAGUAUUACUAAAUUAUGUGUUUACCUAAUUUUGUGUAUUUGGUUUACAAUAAAGGUAUUGGUACUUGAAGGGGGUAAGCAUGAAGUGACGUCACUUGCAGGGUGCCCUAAGAGUAAGCUACUAGCAGUUGGCUAUGCGGAUGGUUCCAUACAAUUGUUUGACCUUUCCAGUGGAGAUCCAAGUAUAACAUUCAAUGGACAUAAAUCAUCUGUGUCAACCCUGGCAUUUGAUGGUGCUGGUUUAACUUUAGCAUCUGGGUCAAAGGACACAGAUGUUAUUCUAUGGGAUAUUGUAAAUGAAUCUGGAUUGUAUCGGUUGAAAGGUCACAAAGGUAUCGUAACAAAGUGUCAGUUUAUGAAGACAAAGAAUAUUCUCAUCACAAGCUCUAAAGACACCUUUAUUAAGUUCUGGGAUUUAGAUACGCAGCAUUGUUUUAAGACGUUAGUUGGUCAUCGGACAGAGGUUUGGGAUUUUAUCUGCUUAAAUGACAGCAAGUUAAUAACAGGUUGUGGUGAUAGUGAGCUUAGAGUGUGGUAUUUGAAUUUCAAGCAGGAUUCGGAUGAGGUUCCUGAAUCAAAGAAGCAAAGACAUGAAGAAGAAGAUGAUGAAGAGGAUGAUGAUGAUAAAGUUAGUUUGUUGACCUGUGUGAAAGCUGGUUCACUGAUGAGAUUAAGCAGGGAAAGAGUUGUCUCCAUGGGAACAGAUGGAACCGGAAGAUUACUAUGUUGUCAUGGACCAGAAUCUAAUGUUGAACUGUUCUUAAUCUGUUCUGAAGAAGAGGCAAAAAAAAGAUUCAAGAAGAGACAAAAACGUGCAAGGCGGAGACAACAGAGGGAACAAGAGGAGGCAGGAGCUAAUGAGGAAGACAUACAAGAAGUUGAAUUGGUCCGAGGAGCUGAAGAUGAAUUUAAACAUCAUUCCAAAAUUGUAACAUCAUCAAAAAUUAGGUCCUUUGAUGUACUGGUUGGUAAAGACGACAUGGUAUCCGUGGUAACACUCCUCCAUAAUAACUCCAUUGAGGUCCAUCGGAUUGGUCUCACGGACACCAGUUCUUCAAGUCAUGAUACCAAACAGCUUCUAUGGGAUGGGCACCGUAGUGAUGUGAGAACGGUCUGUUUCAGCUCCGACAACACAGCAAUACUCUCGGCUUCUGGGGACAGUGUUAAACUAUGGAAUAGGGACACAUUAAAAUGUAUUCGAACUAUGAAAUGUGACUAUGCACUGUGCUCGAUGUUUGUACCUGGUGACAGGCAUUGCAUUGUGGGAACUAAACAAGGGAACUUGCAACUGUUUGACAUCGCAUCAGGUGCGCUGUUGGAGCAGGUUAAGGCUCAUGGUAACACAGUGUGGUCAUUAGCCAUGAUGCCAAAUAAGCGAGGAUUUAUAUCAGGAGGAACAGAUAAGACAAUCAAGUUCUGGGAUUUUGAAUUAGUUGAUUCAGAAACGAAUCAAACUAGCAAGCGACUUUCCAUGGAACACAAACGGACACUGGAAAUGUCAGAGGAUGUCCUGUGUGUGAAGUAUUCCCCAGACCAAAAAUUCAUUGCGGUUGCCUUGUUGGACAGCACGGUGAAGGUGUUCUUCGCAGACACACAGAUGUGUAUAAGAGACAGGGACACAUUAAAAUGUAUUCGAACUAUGAAAUGUGACUAUGCACUGUGCUCGAUGUUUGUACCUGGUGACAGGCAUUGCAUUGUGGGAACUAAACAAGGGAACUUGCAACUGUUUGACAUCGCAUCAGGUGCGCUGUUGGAGCAGGUUAAGGCUCAUGGGAAAUAUUACACCAAUUCAGUUUGUACAUUGCAUAUUGUAUAUAUAUUUUUAACACAGGUUGCUGGGGAGACAGCAGUGGAAGCAGUUCUAGCUGGUAAAAAAACAGUGGAAACUGUGAGGGCAGCAGAGAGAAUAAUGGAAGCGAUUGAACUGUUCAAGGGAGAAAGGGCGAAGGUUAUAGAACACCAAGAAAAGAGUAAAGCACUUAAAAAACCUCUUCCGGCACCUAAGAUGCAUCCGAUUCUUGAGGCUCUUGGAAACGUUUCUCCUACUCGAUAUGUUUUAGAUGUUAUCAAGAAAGUACGAUCAAGUGAACUGGAGGAGGCAUUAUUAGUGUUACCAUUUCACUAUGUUCUGGAUUUACUUAAACUCCUUGAUGUUUUUCUAUCCCUUGAGUGGGAAUCCGAGUUGUCCUGUAGAUGCCUUCUGUUUCUGCUAAGGAUUCACCAUGGUCAGAUUACAUCCAAUCAGCUUCUUUUGCCAGUUAUUGACAGACUGAGAGGGCACAUCUCAUCCACGGUCGGUAAUAUGCGGGAUACUAUAGGAUUCAACAUGGCUGCCAUGAAGUUUCUCCAAAGUGAAAUUGAAGCCAAAAAUGAUGUGACAUUCUUUACUGAUGCUACCGAGAAAUUCCAAGAAGCAGGUCGCAAGAGGAAACAAACAAGGAAAAGAAAAGGUGUAGCGCUGCUGACAAUGUAGCAAUUUUACGAACCUUAAAUACACUUGUGUGUACAAGCUGUACCGGAUACAGUAUAAUUCUUGGCAAUUGAUUAUAGAUUUGAAUUAGAAUUUGACAACAUGAUGACAAGAACAAAUUAAAAGCUGGCAUUAGGAUGAAUGAAGAAAGCAAGUUGCAGAACUUGGACAGUGAUUUAAGGUUAUUAAACUUUUGUAAUGGAAACUACUUUUUUUCUAGAUGAUGUACAGUACUGCAACUCUUUAUAUCAAAGUUAAAAAUUGAUUUUAUGUAGUACAGUAUUACUAUUUGUGUACUUUAAACCAUACAUAACAGGAUGUGUAAAUACAGUAUGUAAUGUUGUAUUCUAUGAUCAAAUAGCGAAUAUAUCUGAUAUUUUUGAAGACAGGACACAAGGAAACAUUCAGAAACUAUUUUUACUAUGAACAUAUAAAGCAUGUGUACACGCACUCAACAGCAAGGGUGAUUAUAGCAUCAUCAUAAACAAGCGUGUUAAUUGGCGAAUGCAGUUGUGACAUAUAAUAUUAGGGAGCUUUUGUGUUGCUAGAACGAGUUCUCUGGUCCAAGGUUGUAGCUGUAGAAAACUAAGGGUGGGUGAUAACAUUGGUAAACUCUAAAUAAUAGUAGAUUUUAAGGAUAAAAAAAAUUGGUUAAUAAGGGUGGGUGGAGGGCCAUGAAAUUAGCUUUAGAUUGGGUGGAGAACUUCAAGGCUGGGUGGCCCUGCCCACUAUAACAUGAUGAGAACUUUCUUGCAUCAUUACAUUCUGCAAUCCUAAGCUAAUGAUGUAUAAGAAGUUAAUUUAUGCAAUAAGUGACACAAUUGUUAUUGUUAUAUACAAUUUCCCACCUUUUGUUUAUUGAUAUAGGAAAUAAGAUAAUAUAGUACAAUAAUAUACAGUAUAAAACAGUCAUUAGAUGAUGAAUAAAAAAUACUGUAUUGAUUUUAGUAA